AUCAUAUGUGCGCGAGUAUAUUGUCAUAAGCGUGUUAAAGCAGAUCACCGUAUAUAUUUAGCGUAGUGUAAAUGUGUCGAGUGUUUGGUUGCAACAUCUGUAUGAUUAUUAUUAUUACUCUUUGUUUGUACGUUUCGAGAUAUAUUGAAAAAUUGACCAAAUAUUCAUAAAGUGUUAUUUUUUUUUCUUCGUGAUAAAAGCAUACUCUUUAAAAUGGGGGUAAUAUUUUUGGAACACAUUGGUGGCACGCGUCUUUUUUCUUGCGCUUCGUGCGACACUAAUUUAACAAACCGAGGACAGCUGAUCAGUACUCGUUUCACUGGUGCAACUGGUCGAGCUUUUCUUUUUAACAAAGUUGUCAACCUUAAUUACAGCGAGGUACAAGAUAGAGUGAUGUUAACUGGACGUCACAUGGUACGAGAUGUAAGCUGUAAAAACUGUGAUGCUAAACUUGGGUGGGUUUAUGAGUUUGCGACAGAUGAUAAUCAACGAUACAAGGAAGGCCGUGUUAUAUUGGAACGUGCUCUAGUUACGGAGAGCGAUGGAAUGGGAGAAAAUUAAUAUCACAUUUCAAAUAGUUUUAUAUAUAAUAAUUAUAUAUAUAUAUAUACAUAUAAAUAUAAAUUUAAGCAAUUUUUAUAGUGCACAAUAGAGUUUAAGAAUCUGUUAUAGUUUGUUUUUUUUAUAAUCAGUGUAACAUAUAAAUUAUUUAGUAUAAAUCAAUCUAUUGCUGCAUAAAAAUGAUAAACAAACACCAAUAUUUCUCUAACUUGUGUCAAUUAUCGGUAUAAGUAUUAUUAAGCGCGUUUGUGUUUGAUUUUUCUUUAAUAAGUAAAUUAUUAUAUCAAGGGAAACAUCAACUUUCUCAUGAAAUCGUAAUACUAAUCUUGCCAAAUGUAUAAAUGUCAAUUGAAAGGUCUUUGUAGAAAAAAAAAAAACAAACAAGAGAGAAGAAAGAAAAAAGAAUUUUUUUAUUUAUAUAUAUAAAUGAUAUCCUAAUUAAAUAUAACGGUACAAUGAAAUUUUUAUUAAAGACUCUUUCAAACGUUAUUCAUGAUUUCAUGAUAAACGUUGAAUUUCAAUCUUAGUAAUAUGCUUCUAUAUUUAUAUUGUGUAAAUAAAUAUUAACUAAUUUUCUUUAGUAACAGAUUGAUCGUUCGAGACAAACUGAAAGUGGCAUGAAGAUUAAAAUUAAAAGUGCUACAAUGAAAAUUGUGUUAUUAUUAUAAGAACGUAUGCAAUAAUAAGACAUAAUGUUACUGAAUUAAAAAUCAAAAAAGAAAAAUACUAUCAAUAAGAACAUUUUUAAGAAAAUAUAUUAAAAUAGUUGUAACAAUUAUAAAUAAAUUUUAUUAUAUUAAAUUUAAAUGUAAUUAAGAGAAAUGUAAACGUAAGUGUGUACAAUAGGGAGUGUGUGUAUAAUAUUAAAUGGCCAAACAAAUAAAUAAUAUCAUUUAAA